AUUGAGUUGGUCGAUCGGUGCUUGAGGACGCCUCAGGGUACAAUCAUUCAAUUGGCUUCAGUGUGGUGGCAAAAUGCAUCAAUUGUGAACGUUAUGAAUACAAUAUUAAAUGUCAUUUAUACAAAAUAUCAUAUUUUCCAAUAUUUUCUACCUGUGAUUUGGUGAAAUUGUGGAAAAAGGAGGAAAUAUAAUAUUGAAUAUAGAGAGAGAUAAAUUCGCAUUCUAUCGUGUUUUCCAAAUGUGGAUGCGGUGGUGUGUGAUUGAGGUUUUAUUUGGUGUCUUUGUCAUUUUGCAAUUUUCCCAUGAGAGGUGGCAUUAAUAGAGACUUUUUGCACUAUUUCCCUCUAAAGGACACAACAUCCAAUACAAAUCAGGCACGAUCAGUCACGCUCAUUGUGUGCAAAACACUCAGUUCAGUGUUUAAGAGCAGUCGUAAAAUAAUCUAUCGCGUGUGUGAAGUCACUAGUGUUAAGAAACCAUUGAAAAUGUUCAAUCUCUAUUCAACAAUGAAUCGCCGCAAUGAGGACAAGGAGGAGAAAGAAAUUCAAACUACAGGACAUGAUCGAUUCUGUCAGGCACGUCCUUCGAGAUCGACGUAUCGUAAGAAGCGGAAGAGGAACGUGAGAAGAGCCCAAUCAGCUGCAGAAUUUGAUUCUCAGGCCGUUUUCGCAGCAAAUAAGCGUCAUUUAUUCAGAGGGAGAUCUGUGAGCACAGAACAGGAAAAUUCAGAGUCUGAACAAUCGGAGAAGUCACCAUUAGUCAGCACCAAGUUGGAUUCAUUGGCGAAACUUCUAUUCAGUAAAAGUUCCAAGCAGGACAAUCCGUCGGGCAGCAAAGUGACUGAAUCACCAACAAGGCACAGUGUCCUGAGGUAUCAAUAUACAGCGCUGGAGAGCGGGACCUGUGGCCAGGACAGAAGUCCACGCGAGAGAGCGGUGAGAGAGCAGGCACUUGCUGCAAGUCAGGCAUGGAUCCAGCAAUCUGGAGGACGCUACGAGGUCAUCGUGCAUCUCGAUGACAUCGGAUCGAGGACCAAUAAGCACUGGUUCCUUCUAAAGGAUACCUCUGUACGAACUGAUCGCUUAAUGACCCUACUUCCAAUACCCCCGGAUUGUGUUGCCUUAGAAGAACUGCCACCUUCUCAGUGUCUCAAGGGCGUCUUUAUGGAGCUUCUUGGUUCUCUGCAACAUCCCUACAUUUAUCCCGUCUUAGAUUUAGGUUUUGUAAACUUCGAAUCUCGCAACUAUGCCUGCCUCGUGACACCCUUCAAUCCUCGUGGCAGUCUCAAGGAUCUCAUUUACAAGAGCCAGUGGAAUGAGGCAUGGUGUCGAAAGUACACGAGGAAAUCCACUUGUUUGCCAAUAUCUCAAGUACAACGAUUGGGACGACAAAUUCUGGAGGCGUUACUCUUCCUCCGUGAACGGGGCUUCUCAUCCCACGGGCAUCUCCAUAGUGGAAAUGUUAUUCUGCAGAACGGUGUGGCACGACUGUCUGGAUUGGAGAAUGGAAUCCUCGGGCUCAAUUCCAAUAUAAAUGCAAUUGUAUGGUCAAAGAGUCGCAAUGAAUUGGACAAUAUCGAUGUUAUCUGCUUUGGGCAUCUCUUGUUUGAGAUGUGCUGUGGGUAUGAGUUGGCAAUGCCCCAGCCGUCUCCGGGUCACAUUCAGCUAGACCUUGAGAGAUAUCCUCAAGUGGCUGAAGUUCUGCAGAUGAUCUUCGAUUCUCCAGACGGGAGAUAUCCUUCCGUUGAGGAUCUCGUGAUGCACGAUCUCUUCCGGAACAUUGAUCUGCGAGAACUUCGAGGUACGUGCGUACCUUCGUUCAAGCACGGUCUCAGUAGUUCCACAAUGAGCAUUCUCCAGGCUGUCCACAGGCGUCAGGGGAGCUUCUUCAGUGGCUCCUACAGCGAAGGUAGUUCCCCGUGUACACCACCCUCAACGCCCAGACUUGGGAGGAAACUCGAGGAUUCCGACACACCCAGCUUAUCCAGUCAUUCCGAAGAAAUUAUGGAGGGAGUCACAAUUGCUGCCACUCACUACGAACCCAUGGAUUCACCUUUGCACUUUUGUGAAAGCAGCACAAGUGGUCAGAGGGAUUUGGAGGAUGCAGAAGAGGGUUGCUCAACAUCACAGAAUUAUUCAACACCCAAUCAACUCACAACGACCAGCGCCAGCAAGAAUAGUCAAAGUAGAAGAAUGGAGUACUCAAUGCGUGGGAUGAAGCUCGAUGUUAGCAAUCCUUCUCAGGAUUCUGCAUUUGGUUCAAUGACGGAUGGAGACAUCUCAGUGGCAUCAUCGAGUUUCCGUCUGAAUAGCUUCCAGUCCGUCACGUCUCCCAUUGAUGAGGGUGUUGAAGAUCUAACAGAGUCCAAGGAAGCUCGUGAUCCACCCCAAAAACACCCUCCUAGCUGCCUGGAGCCACCACUUUUGCUGGUUAAUGACCAAUGUUCCAUCUACACAACAUCACCCCUACGGAGAGGUGACACCAUUGAGGUUUUCUCCCAAAAGUACCGUGUUUCUUCCUUCGAAGAUGUCCCACGCACAUGCCAGAACCUCAAGAGGGAUAAAUAUGCAUUCCGAUCCUUUGAGGAGGAACGUCGAAUUGAUCUGGCUUUCGCUCCAAUCACCAAGAGCGCUAGCACUGCGUCUGCUGGUAAAAAUCAAUUGUCCCUGAGCAAGAGUUCCCUGGUGCGAAAUGAGAAAUUCAAGCGUCUAACGCAUGCAGCUUUCUCAAGUCGCAUGGCAGGAAGUCGUCAUGUCCUGUGGAAGAACAGCAUAAUGGCACGGAAGCAAACUGUAAAAUCCAACGAAUCCCUCUUGGAUACCUCUCCAACGCGUUCUUUGGAAACCAAAGUGAGCCCAGUGCGUGAUUUGGGUGAAUCCCUGGCUCCGUGGAAUUCCUGGAAAUCCCGCUCAGAACGAACUCUCUUCUCACUGGCUGACUUCAAGCAACCUGCCCUCGAGACAAGCUCCUGCCACGCUGAGGACUUCACAUCCGACGAGGAGGACACGUCUACACGUGUAGCCAGCAGUGGUGACAGCUCCAACACCUCCAAGCCACCGGAGGAGCCGGAGAAGAGUCUCGAUUCGAGCGAUGAGGUCGAGGAUGCGGAUGAGAGUAGUGACUUCCUCUCGUCACCAAGUCACGAGUACAUGUGCAAGUUAAUUGGAAGCGGUGGCGAAGAGACUCCACUGCUUGAGGGUAUGGAGAUGUCUCCAAUUUCGCCCAAGGAGUAACCCGCUCCAUCCCCCCAAUGCGGGUAAAUGUGAUAAAGCGUGCUGUAUAUGAUAUUCUCACACAAUCUCCCCUCCCUCCCCUAUUUUUUCAACUCCUCUGAGACACUUUCCGUGAAAGAUUUCAUAGCAUUUUAGGGUCGUCUCCCUGAUAUAUAGGAAAAUGUAGUCCUUAAAAAUCCCUUCUAGAGGAAAUUUCUUGUGUUUUUUUUUUAUUAAGAUAAAAAUUGGGAUUUUAGAGGUAAAUUUUAAGAUUUUUUUUAUUAAAAAAAGAAAAACAUUUUUGCUCACAUUUUUGAGAAAGUUUUCAAGGGACGAAUGAGAAGGUUCGUUCUUUAAAAAUCUCUCUGCUAAAAUGAACCUGUUGGUACACCUCAACUAGAAAAACUUCCCUCCCUUGUGAGCUUUACUCUUUGAUUUUUUAGAGGCAACAUAUUUUUCUGAAAGUUUUCCCGCCCUUUAUUCCUUCAAUGCAAAAAAAAAAGACGUAAUAAAUAAUAAAACAUAAAAUAAUAAAACUAAAAUAUGGAUGUGAUAAGAAAUAAAGAAAAUAAAUUCAGAGACACAAUCUAUAUAAAUGACAAGAAUAUUCCUUAAAGAAAGUAACAAUAAAAGAUUAAAGAAUCUCCAAUCGGCACCAUUACAAUAAAUAGUGAAAUAAUAUAUCUCUCUAAUUAAAUAUUUAACUGUUAGAAAAUUUUGAAGAAAGAAAAAAUGCCAAAUUUCAGAACAAAAACCAUUUCGGUAUUCACUUUGAAAAGAAAAUUCACAACAAUUGAAAAAAAGAGUAUUAAGAUAAAAAAAUCCCGAAAGUCCACAUUCUUGGGAAACAAUAAAAUUUAUCUUCAGAGCUUAAAAGAAUAAAAUAUUACAUACCUACAUACUUUUCUCGAGUUUCCAACAUUAAAUCAUCAUGUAUUUUUAAGGAGAAUCACAAAACUUGAAAGAAAAUCAAGAAAAAUUUUUCUUUUUUUUUCUUAAUUAAGUGCUUGUAGUUACCGAAUAUAGAACAUUUUUUAUUUACAUUAUUAAAUUCAACUUCAUCUUUACAGCCAAAAACGAAUCGAGGACAUUGUCAUAAUUUAGGGAACAUUGUUAAGAAAAAGAAAAUUAAACAAUCGUUAAAAAAUGAAAAAUAAAAAUUCUAUGUAAAAUCUUUCUAAAAAAAAAGAGCCUUAAAAGUGGCUGUCUGACGGAGAAUUUUCUGCAUCAUAAAACUUUGGAUUUUCCUGGGCAAAAAGCUGAAAUUUUCUUUUGUAAAAUUAUUUUUUUAUUAAGCUAAAUUUGCUUAAAAAUUCCUCCCAAAAAUUACUUAGCAAAAUUAUUUUUUAAGCCGCGAAUGUGUCACUUAAAACAUUUUGAUGCCGUCCCAAUUUUGUCAAGAAUUCUAUAGAAUUGCUUUAUAAAAAAAACUCACUUGUAAACUUUAUUAGAUGGUAAAAAGAAUAUUUAUUGCAGAAUUUUAUUUUAUUCUAUUGCUCAUUGUAUUUUUUUUUAAUUAAAUUAAAAAUAAGGAAAGACAAAUCUUCAAUGUAAUAAAAGAAAUGGAAUAAAUAAGAAAUAAAAUGAAGACAAAAAUAGAAUUUAAAAAA